AUGACAGAUUCGACCCCUUUGUCCGUCGCUGGCGUCGCGGCUCUGAGAGCCCAGGGCACUCCUGUGCCGUUGGGUAUUGCACCGGCUACCAGCAGUGAUAUGUUUAAGAGUGCGCAUUGCUAUACGAAGCCAAAGGCUAAGCGGUGGGAUCACAUCCUGUCCCUCGAAGCCAAGUCCCGCAAGGUCUCGACAUUGAAAGGAGCAGCGCAUUAUCUCAAGAACCCUGGCAUAAUCUCUCUUGGUGGUGGAUUGCCCUCGCCAGAAUACUUCCCUAUUGAGCAAAUCAGUGCCAAGUUCCCCACGCCGCCAGGGUUCUCGCCGGAAGAGACUCGUGAGUCGGGGACUGUUAUGACGGCUUCGAAGGGGGAUGUGAAGAAUGGGAAUAGUAUUUAUGGUGUCAUGUGGGUCAUGGGUGCUGAUUGGUGUUGGGCAGACCUCGAGGUUGCUUUGAACUAUGGACAGUCCACUGGUGCUCCUCAACUGCUGCGGUUUGUGACGGAACACACUGAGGUAAAUUUGUUGGUGCAUUGUCAUGGACACGGACAUGGGCUGAUGGCGCAGAUUAUCCACAACCCCCCAUACGCGGACUGGCACUGCUGCCUCAACGCUGGCAGCACUUACGGCUGGGACACUGCUCUCCGUCUGCUCACUGAGAGAGGAGACUACAUCCUGAUGGAAGAGUACACUUUCUCCAGCGCCGCAGAGACAGCCCUUCCUCUGGGUGUGAAGCUUGCUUCCAUUAAGAUGGACGAGCAAGGUCUCCUCCCCGAAUCUAUGGAUGAAGUCCUCAGCAACUGGGACGAAGCCGCCCGCGGCGCCCGCAAGCCUUACGUCCUUUACACGAUCGCCACCGGCCAGAACCCCACUGGCGCUACUCAGUCCGGAGAGCGCCGCAGGGCCAUCUACAAGGUCGCGCAGAAGCACGACGUCUACAUCGUCGAAGACGAGCCCUACUACUUCCUGCAGAUGCAGCCCUACACGGGUGCAGACGGCACGACUCCCCCGCCGCCCGCCAGCCAUGACGAGUUCAUCAAGUCGCUCAUCCCGUCGUAUCUGAGUAUGGACGUUGACGGGCGUGUUCUCCGUCUCGAGUCAUUCUCCAAGGUCGUCACUCCCGGUUCGCGAGUUGGCUGGGCUGUCGGCUGCGAGCAGAUCAUCGAGCGCUUCAUGCGUAACAGCGAAGUCUCUUCUCAACACCCCAGCGGUAUCGCGCAGAUCAUCCUCUUCAAGCUCCUGGAUGAGCACUGGGGCCACGCUGGAUACCUGGACUGGCUGAUCAACAUGCGCAUGCAAUACACCGACCGCCGCAACAUGCUCGUCGGCGCAUGUGAGAAAUCACUCCCCACAGAAAUCGCCCACUGGGUUGCCCCCGCCGCAGGCAUGUUCCACUGGAUCGAAGUCGACUGGCAGAAACACCCCGGUCUUGCAUCCGGUAAGACCCGCGACGCCAUCGAGGAGGAAAUCUUCCAGGCCGCUAUUCAAAAUGGCGUGCUUGUUUCGCGGGGUAGCUGGUUCACGGCUGAUAAGAACACGCCAGAGGAGAAGAUGUUCUUCCGGGCUACUUUUGCGGCGGCUAGUGCGGAUCAGAUCGAGGAGGCAAUUAAGCGGUUUGGGGAUGCGUUGAGGUUGCAGUUUGGUCUGGCAUAA